CGUGCGCCGCCUGAGGACACCGCGGCCCCCGCCCUACCAUGGGCCCCCUGGCCUGCGCCCUCGCGCUCUGCCUGGCCGUGGCCGUGGUAGCCGGCGCCACUUCGGGGCUGCCGAGUCUGGAGCGGCGCGUCGUGAGGCGAGCGGCAGAGGUCCCAGGACCAGAGCCUGGCCAGCAGGAACAGCUGGUCUUUGGUAGUGGGGACACCAUGGAACUGAGCUGCCAUCCACCCAUGGGUAGUACUCCAGGACCCACCAUCUGGGUGAAGGACAGCUCAGGCCUGGUGCCGUCAGACCGGAUCCUAGUGGGACCUCAAAGACUGCAGGUGCUCAACAUCUCCCACGAGGAUGCCGGCGCCUACAGCUGUCGGCACCGGCUCACCCAGCAUGUCCUCUGCCGCUUCAGUGUACGGGUGACAGAUGCUCCGUCCUCAGGAGAUGAUGAAGACGGUGAGGACGAGGCUGAGGACACAGGUGAGACAGGGGCCCCUUACUGGACGCGGCCUGAGCGCAUGGACAAGAAGCUCUUGGCUGUGCCGGCCGCCAACACUGUCCGCUUCCGCUGCCCGGCCGCUGGCAACCCCACCCCCUCCAUCUUGUGGCUCAAGAAUGGCAAGGAGUUUCGGGGGGAGCAUCGUAUCGGGGGCAUCAAGCUGCGGCACCAGCAGUGGAGCCUGGUUAUGGAGAGCGUGGUGCCCUCUGACCGCGGCAACUACACGUGCAUCGUGGAGAACAAGUUCGGCAGCAUCCAGCAAACGUACACACUGGACGUGCUGGAGCGAUCCCCCCACCGGCCCAUCCUGCAGGCGGGUCUGCCCGCCAACCAGACGGCGGUGCUGGGCAGCGACGUGGAGUUCCACUGCAAGGUGUACAGUGAUGCACAGCCCCACAUCCAAUGGCUUAAACAUGUGGAGGUGAACGGCAGCAAAGUGGGUCCUGAUGGUACACCCUACGUCACCGUGCUCAAGACGGCGGGCGUUAACACCACCGACAAGGAGCUAGAGGUUCUGUCCUUACGCAAUGUCACCUUUGAGGAUGCGGGGGAGUACACGUGUCUGGCGGGCAAUUCUAUCGGGUUUUCUCAUCACUCUGCGUGGCUGGUGGUGCUGCCAGCUGAGGAGGGGCUGGUAGAGGCUGAUGAAGCAGACAGCGUGUACACAGGCAUCCUCAGCUACGGGUUGGGCUUCCUCUCCUUCGUCCUGGUGGUGGUGACUGUGACACUGUAUCGGCUACGCAGCCCGACCAAGAAGGGCCUGGGCUCGCCCACCGUGCACAAGAUCUCCCGCUUCCCACUCAAGCGACAGGUGUCCUUGGAGUCCAAUUCGUCCAUGAACUCCAACACGCCACUGGUGCGCAUUGCUCGGUUGUCCUCAGGCGAGGGCCCUGCGCUGGCCAAUGUCUCUGAACUUGAGCUGCCUGCUGAUCCCAAGUGGGAACUGUCCCGGGCCCGGCUGACCUUGGGCAAGCCCUUGGGGGAGGGCUGUUUUGGCCAAGUGGUCAUGGCGGAGGCCAUCGGCAUUGACAAAGAGCGUACUGCCAAACCUGUCACCGUGGCUGUGAAGAUGCUGAAAGACGAUGCCACAGACAAGGACCUCUCGGAUCUUGUGUCAGAGAUGGAAAUGAUGAAGAUGAUUGGCAAACAUAAAAACAUCAUCAACUUACUGGGGGCCUGCACACAGGGCGGGCCCUUGUACGUGCUGGUGGAAUAUGCAGCCAAAGGCAAUCUGCGGGAGUAUCUGCGGGCGCGGCGGCCCCCGGGCAUGGACUACUCCUUCGAUACCUGCAAGCUGCCCGAGGAGCAGCUGACCUUCAAGGACCUGGUGUCCUGUGCCUACCAGGUGGCUCGUGGCAUGGAAUACCUAGCCUCCCAGAAGUGUAUCCACAGGGAUCUGGCAGCCCGAAAUGUCUUAGUGACAGAGGACAACGUGAUGAAGAUCGCUGACUUUGGUCUGGCCCGGGAUGUGCACAACCUGGACUACUACAAGAAGACCACCAAUGGCCGGCUGCCCGUGAAGUGGAUGGCACCAGAGGCCUUAUUUGAUCGAGUCUACACCCAUCAAAGUGAUGUCUGGUCCUUUGGUGUCCUGCUCUGGGAGAUCUUCACGCUGGGGGGCUCGCCGUACCCUGGCAUUCCGGUGGAGGAGCUCUUCAAGUUGCUAAAGGAAGGUCACCGCAUGGACAAGCCAGCCAACUGCACACAUGACCUGUAUAUGAUCAUGCGUGAGUGUUGGCACGCUGUGCCCUCGCAGCGGCCCACCUUCAAGCAGCUGGUGGAGGACCUGGACCGGGUUCUCACUGUGACGUCCACUGAUGAAUACCUGGACCUGUCAGUACCCUUCGAACAGUACUCACCUGGUGGCCAGGACACGCCCAGCUCCGGCUCCUCGGGUGAUGACUCCGUGUUUGCCCAUGACCUACUGCUGCCCGCGCCCCCCAGCAGCGGGGCCCCUCGGACGUGAAGGGCCAUCUGGCCAACCCCCCCACCAAUGUGAGACCCAGCCCCCUUCAGCCACUGCCA